AUGCAAGAUGUGUUAUCUCGGUUGCUUAAGAAAGCUUUUGAUAAUGGUAAAAUUGGUAGGUUUUCUCAAGCCAGAGGUACUCCCCUUAUUUCCCACCUUAUGUAUGCGGAUGAUAUUAUUAUUUUUGCUAAUGGUGGGAACAAGUCUAUGAGAGGGUUGAUGAAGGUUCUUAAUCUUUAUGAGAAUUGGACAGGUCAAGUCCUUAAUAAGAAUAAAAGUGCUAUUUUGUUUUCUAACAAAAUCUCUAAUACUAGAAAGUCCUCCAUUCUCCGUAUGACUGGUUUUUCAGAAGGUUCUUUUCCCUUUAAAUAUUUGGGUGUUCCUAUUGUGGUGGGUCGUCUGAAGGUUUGUGACUUUAGUGAUCUAAUUGGGAAUUUUAAUAAGAAAAUUGCAGGGUGGAAAAUGAAAAUGUUAUCUAUUGGGGGUCGUGUAAUUCUUUUACAUCAUGUUUUAUCGAGCAUGGCAAUUCAUCUUAUGGCAGUUCUACAUGUUCCUAAUGGUGUUUACAGGGUGCUGAAUAGGAUUAUGAGUUCCUUUUUUUGGGGUGAUGUUGAAGGGAAAGAUUUCUUUAGAGGCAAGUAUGUGCAAGGUAAUUAUUUAUCCCUCUUGAACCCUACUAAAGGAACUAGAUUCUGGAAAGCUAUUGUGCAUUGUAUCCCGGAGGUUUUAAAUAAUUCUAAGUGGCUUGUGAAUGAGGGAAAUGUUUCUUUCUGGUAUGAUAAUUGGGUGGAUGGGGGUCCUAUUGGGGAUCAGUUUCCCGUUAUUGAGAGACCUUUGCUUAGAGUCAAAGAAUGCCGGAUUGAUAAUGGGUGGGAUAUUCCUCUUUUGGAAAGAUUAGUGGGUCAACAUAAAGCCCUUGAGUUGUUUCAGUUCUUGGCCACGAGAAAGGAUGGUUAG